CUUCGGCAGUCGUCGGCGAAUCUGCCUCGCGGACGGGUGUGUCCGUGUUCAAUAAAUCAAAAUACCACAAAUGUGUCAAAUUAAACGAUUCCGUUAAAAAAAAGUGACAUGUGCGCCGGGAGUGUUGUAAACACGGGUUGUAAUAUCGGCUUUUUGUAGAAUAUUAGUAUUUACUUCGUACGAAUCGCGUAUUUACUUAAAAUUUUGUGUAGCCUAUAGUUUCGUUCGUGAUUGUGGUUCGCUGACAUUCCAGGUCGGGUUCGCCGUAAAUGGUAUUUGCUUACAAGAUCUGGGAUUUGUAUAGUGUUGUGUUUUGAUACAUUCAGGAUGAUUUGAUUCACGAUGGACCGAGUGAGUGGCGUGUGUCGGUUUGGCGGAGUGGUGUCAGCUGUGAGGACUAGAACUGGUCGGAGUCGGAGGAGAGUGGCCGGGCCUACUCAGGCCGCCGAAGAGUUGCCUGAGGCCCCGCGGAGAGGCCUCGGGGCUGUCCUUGUCCUCGCUUGCAUAGUCGUUUACCACAACUGCCUUUACUGUGGCUUCGUGUUUGAUGAUAUCAGUGCCAUAAAAGAGAACAGAGAUCUGAGACCGCAGACUCCCAUCUCGAAUAUCUUCCUCAACGACUUUUGGGGAACUCCAAUACACAAGGAGCAAUCACACAAAUCGUACCGUCCGCUGACGGUGCUGACGUUCCGAUGGAACUACGCGGUGCAUGGCCUACAACCAGCGGGCUACCACCUCGUCAACUUGCUGCUGCACGCUCUGGUCUCACUACUCUACUACAGGGUGUGCGCGAUGUUCCUGCCAGAGUUCGCAAGUUUCGUGGCGGCCAUCCUUUUUGCUGUCCACCCGAUACACAGCGAAGCGGUGACUGGUGUGGUGGGCCGCGCUGAAAUGCUGUCGUCGGUGUUUUUCCUCGGCGCGCUACUGUGCUACGCGCGGGCGGCGAGUAGGCGGCGAUACACAGAUUGGCGCUACGUAGUGGCUUGUACAGCUUGUGUCGGCAUCGCGAUGCUGUGUAAGGAGCAAGGGAUCACCGUCACCGCCGUGUGUGUUGUCUACGAGCUCUUCGUUGCACAGAAGCGCAAAGGCAGUAACACCGGGAGGCCGUGGUUCGAAUAUUGGGGCAAAGGCGGAUGGGGCUGCGCGUGCGGCGAGGCCGCUCGUCGAGUAGCCACGGUGUGCUGCGCCACAUUGGCUCUAUUGGCCGCAAGACUGCACGUCAUGGGCGCUCAGUUGCCUGUUUUCACACGCUUUGACAACCCUGCUGGAGCUGCGUCUCCUCCCGCAAGACAUCUAACGUUUGCCUACCUCCCUGCACUGAACGCCUGGCUGCUUGCUCUGCCAGAGGCGUUGUGCUGUGACUGGACGAUGGGCACAGUGGCUUUGCUGCGCUCGUGGCGCGACCCGAGGAACCUGGCUACCAUCGCGCUGGCCGCGACACUGGUGGCGGCGGCCAUUCAUGCCUUGAGGACUCGCUCUUCUGCUUUAUCUAUGGGUUUAGCACUGCUGGUGCUCCCAUUUCUACCAGCCUCCAACUUGUUCUUCCCCGUGGGUUUUGUGGUCGCUGAAAGGGUUCUGUACAUGCCCUCAAUGGGCUGGUGUCUCCUGGUCGCGCAUGGUUGGAGACUGGUCGCCAAGAAACGCGCCAAGCUCGCAGCUGCUGCCCUGAUAUUCCUUCUGUUAGCCUUUAGCGCCAAAACCUAUGUGAGAAAUUGGGAUUGGAAGACUGAAUACUCUAUUUUCGCUUCAGGUCUUAAGGUCAACAGAAAUAACGCGAAGCUGUACAACAACGUCGGCCACGCCUUAGAAGCUGAAGGAAAAUACGCAGAGGCAUUAGAGUUCUUCAAAACAGCCGUGAACGUUCAACCUGACGACGUAGGCGCCCAUAUCAAUGUGGGCAGAACAUUCAACCACCUCGGGCUCUACCAAGAAGCCGAAGACGCUUACGUAAAAGCGAAAUCUUUACUACCCAAAGCGAAACCCGGAGAAUCUUACCAAGCGAGAAUAGCCCCUAACCACUUAAACGUAUUCCUCAAUCUAGCAAACCUAAUUUCCAAGAAUGCUACGCGGUUAGAAGAAGCAGAUAUGCUGUAUAGACAGGCGAUUAGUAUGAGAGCGGAUUAUACUCAGGCAUAUAUAAAUAGGGGGGAUAUUCUGAUCAAAUUGAACAGGACAAAGGAAGCCCAAGAGGUGUAUGAAAGAGCCCUGUUGUACGAUAGCGGGAAUCCGGAUAUUUACUACAAUCUAGGAGUAGUCCUACUAGAACAAGGUAAAGCGUCUCAAGCACUGGCCUAUCUCGACAAAGCAUUAGAGCUGGAACCGGAGCACGAGCAAGCGCUGCUGAACUCCGCCAUACUGCUGCAGGAGCUGGGAGCCGCGGACUUGAGGCACCUCGCCAGGCAACGGCUGCUCAAGCUACUAGACAAAGAUGCAACAAACGAGCGCGUGCAUUUUAACCUAGGCAUGGUAUGCAUGGACGAAGGCGACGCGGAAUGUGCGGAGCGCUGGUUCCGCGCGGCCGUGCACCUCAAGCCAGACUUCCGCUCUGCACUGUUCAACCUGGCCUUACUGCUCGCUGACAGGCGGCGACCGCUAGAAGCGGCGCCCUUCCUCAAGCAGCUAGUGAGGCAUCAUCCUGACCAUGUGAAGGCAUUAGUGCUUCUGGGAGAUAUCUACAUCAACUCCGUCAAAGAUUUGGACGCAGCUGAGAGUUGUUACCGUCGAAUCCUCGAACUAGAACCUGACAACGUACAAGCGCUACACAACCUUUGCGUCGUGGCCGUGGAGCGAGGAAAGCUCGCCGUGGCCGAAGAGUGCCUCGCGCGUGCCGCCACACUAGCGCCGCACGAACACUACAUACAGCGCCAUCUAGCGGUGGUGCGAGCGAGACGCGCCGCCGCCGUCUCGCCCACUCCUCCCACCAAGCAACCCGCCCCUAGCGCCACCACCGAGGUGCGAGCGAGAUGGAACUACAUCCCGCAACAGCCCCCCGACCCCCACGAGACAGACCCCUCGUAGCGAUACUAAUCCAACUGAACUGUGUAAAUACGUUUAAAUAAACACCAAAAGAAUCUCGGUCGUUAUUUUUAAAUAAACGUUUUAAUGAUUUGCAUUUGAAUUUCGAACGAUCAGGGUAUCUCUUGUUUUGUACUCUGUUGACUGUCAUGCUUUUUUAAAAUUAUCUAAUGACUGUAAAGAUUGACGCGCAUGGGUGAUUUUUGUUUUUUUAAUAUAUCUACUAAAUAUUCUAGGAUCAUACCCGUGCGUUAGAGAUCUUAGAGAAAAUAUAAUUUUUUAAAAAUAGAACAAAACGUUACGAAAUAGAUUAUUUUAGGAUCUCUUAUUUUAAAAGCUUAUUUUGCUUAACAUUUCGUGAUAUUAGUUUACGCCAUUUAAUCUAAUUAAUUGUGUACGAUAUUGUAUAAUGUGUAGAGACAUGUUGGAGCGAGCUUUCGUCAUUAGCCAGGUAUACGGAUACUCUUUGUGUGUAAUAAAAUUGAAAUAGAAUAAUAGAAAAGACUUGAAACUGUUUUAAAUUUAUUAUAAUUUCUUGUAUCAAAUGUCCCUUAUUCGUUAAGGCCGUUAGUUAUUGCAUUUAAAUCGUAAAACUCUUUUAUGUGUAAUUUGUGAUGACAAGUUACUUAUAGAAGUGUCAUAGCGUCACAAAAUGCAUUUCGUGCAUUAAUAAUAAUUAUUUAUUAUUUUGACAUUUUAAGAUCUCAUUACCCAAUAUAGACUGUUAAGUACAGCAACACAGUCAUAUAAUGUUUGCAGCCUAACGAUUUUGUCAUCCCUAAUUAUUAUUUUAACCUAGAUAGCGAUGGAUCAAUGAUUUAUUAGAUAAAUUAUUAGGUAUUAUUUGAGGAUGUACGCUGUUAGUUAUAAUAUGCGACUUGAUCUCCCAAACUUCUUUUAGGCGUUGGGAGUAGGUUUAGAAAUGUACCGCAUUAACCCCAUCGAAAAUAACGAUUGUUACAUAAGUACUUCAACCCAAUAUUUUGUUAGAGAGUUCAUUUUAUGACUAUAAUAAAAAAUUGUGCUGAAAUUAAACUUGAAAACGUCGCCAUUUUUACUGAAUAAUUAGUAUCGUCUAGAAAUGAAGCAAAAAUAAGUCCGUAGAAACCUUUUUAGGACAUUAUGGCCUCGAAAGUAGUAAUACAAAUGGGCUUUUAUUCUGAUAGGCUGCGAUCAAUAUUACAAAGUGCCUCCAGGAAAAUUAAUGCGUGCGCAUCCAGCUUAAUUCACGUUCAAAAACAAGUGUUUAAAGGUUUUUUUUUUUAACUAAAAUUUACCUUUAAAUCUUCAAGGCAUUAGGUUUUUGAUAAUUAAUUUAUUUACGGCCUUCGGAUAAUACUUACCUAUUUAAUAAUUUUAUACAAACAAUUUUUUUAAGACAAUAAAAAUAAAACAGCAUUAGAAAUCAAACAAGGCGUGAUACUUUGAUAUAGUUUCAGGGCUUUAUGUAGAAAAAAAAUACCUACUGUACCUACCUACCUAAUUAGACGGUUAUUUUCGUAAUUGCCAAUGUUAUUAUGUAAAAAAAGUGAUCGACAGUUAUUAGAAUAAAUUAUGUAGAUGUGAAAAAAUGUAACGUUGUUAAUGUUUUAAGAUAAAAAGUAACUUUUGUAAAAACAGAAAUUUUUUACAAUGUCUUGAAACAUUUCUGCUGGAUAUUCCCGGGAGCGGGAGUAAUGUCGUAAGGACCCCGAAUAUUAUAAACUAUUUGUCGUCAAAACAUUUAUUUUUAUAAAAUAAAUGAUGUUUCAAAUUACCUGGCGU